CAGAGAAAUGUAAGUUAGUCUUUUUUGUAUCAACGUGAUGAUACCUUGUCCGAUAUAAUAAAGAGUAAAGAAUUAUUCGUUACUUCCACAUUAACUCGUGUUUUAUUUAACGUCUGGCGUGCUUUCAUAAAGUGGUGACUGUUAUCUCAGGCACUAGCAAUAGUCGUAUGACAAACUGCCUGCCAACAAUGGCUAAAUCUCUCAAAUUUUUUGCGUUUUCGGUUCUCAUAAUCGGAAUUGUUAACUGUCACGUUCUCAACGACGUAUCUCACGUUUCGGAGGAUGGAAUUGCCACCACGUCCAAAGGCUCUGACGAUUAUCGACAGAAAAUCGCUAGUGAGACCGAUCGCGCAACCCUCGAGCGUAACGCUGUCGAUGAACAAAAUUUGCAUCUCGAUAAUUUAAAGGCUGAAAACUCAUCAAAGCUUUCAAGGAAACUCAAAAGUGCAACAACGCAAUUCGAGGCGAAGUCAGCUGGUGGGAAACCUUGCUAUUUUAAGCUUUGCAACAUGGGUUGACUACAGAAUCGUGUUCACGGUUGUGGCAACAGCGCAAUUUCAACGACGUAGAAAACUGGUCAUAUUUCAAGCAUUUAAAAUCCUUGUAAUUCAUCGACAACUUUUGUAUUCGAAUUGCCGAAAGUUGAGCGUAAUAUUAAACAAAAUACGUAUGCGAUUUGAAAAAUAUUUUCAUUCGAAGUACUCGAGUUUUCGGUGCUUGGUUAUAUUUUUAUAAGAUUAUAAUGUUACACGCAGCAUAAUAAGUACAUGGCAAUAUAUACGUUUAUUAUUAAAGGUGUUUUAUUAUAACUCAAUUUUGUGUUCCGACAACGUUUUUGGAAGGAAAAAAUUUGGCCCGAAAAAAAAAGUAUCGCGUGCCAUACGAA